GGAGGGGGAGAAGGCUCCGAGAACGGCGGCCCGAGCCAGGCUUUUCUAGCGAGUUGUGGGGAGGAGGAGGAGGGGGGGAGAGACUCUGGCGCGACUCGGAAGAGCCCCCGAAACCUGGAGAUUACGGGUUCGAAUCCCACUCGGGGAAGAGAUUGGGUUUGGAAACGCGGGGGUUAGUUUUAAAAGUUUCGGGGUACGUGGGUUCAUCCGGCUCUUGAAAGUCAGCCCCGCUUCGUUCUAUAGUUUCUAAGAGGGGAUCUGAGCAACCGAGGAGCUUGGAAGUUGCCUGGAGUAGGGAGGAAGGGUUGGAGGGUGCCACAAUUGGGUGAGGGUAGGGGAACCCCAAAGGUUCCUGGGUCCUUAAGGGAGAGGACAUUUUAGGGGGAUUUAAGUAAGGAUUAGGGUUAGGGGAAGAUAUUUUCAGUUGGGUCAAACAACAGGAGAAGUUGAGUAAGGAGUUGGCCAACCAGCAAUGCAAGAGGUUGAGCCCAACGAGAGGAGCCCGCUCUUAGAGCCCAAUGCCCGGUCGCCGGUCUCCUUCCCUGCGGCCAACGUCUUCCACGGACGGCGCUUGGCAUGUGCCGCUGUGCUUCUAGCUGAGCUGCUGGAAAGGGUGGCCUUCUACGGCAUCACCUCAAACCUGGUGCUCUUCCUCAAUGGAACUCCUUACAAUUGGGAGGGCGCCCAAGCCAGCCAGGCCCUCCUGCUCUUCAUGGGCAUCACCUACCUGGUCUCCCCUUUUGGGGGUUGGCUGGCCGACGCCCUGUUGGGCAAAUUCCCCACCAUCUUGGUCAGCAUGGCAGUCUACCUCUUGGGCAUGCUGGCUUUCCCCGCCAUGGCCAUCGCUCCCAGCCGCCAGUGGCUCUGCGGGGAGCUUCAUCCGUGGCCCAUUGAGAACUGCUCAUCGCCUCUGCAGAGCAAUACCACCUCCGCCCCGUGCCCGUCACCAGGAGACAUGCGCUACUGUCUCAUCGCCUCCUAUGUCGGCUUGGUGCUGGUUGGACUGAGCGUGGGCUCCGUCAAGGCCAACAUCACCCCCUUUGGAGCUGAUCAGGUGAAGGAUCGAGGUCCAGAAGCCACCCGGCGUUUCUUUAACUGGUUUUACUGGAGCAUCAAUUUGGGAGCCAUCCUCUCUCUGGGGGGCAUUGCGUACAUCCAGCAGAACGUCAACUUCGCCAUCGGCUACAUCAUCCCCACGGUUUGCAUUGGCGUCUCCUUCGUGGUCUUCCUGUGUGGCCAGAGCGUCUUCAUCACCAAGCCACCGGAUGGCAGCGCCUUCACCGACAUGUUCAAAAUCCUGGCUUAUUCUUGCUGUAACCGAAAACAGCCAGAGCGGUUUUCCAGCCCUAGGGGCUCCCAGGGGAUCCUCCACCCAUCUCAGCCUUCCAAGGAGAGUCUUCUGGAAGCGGCCAAGGCCUCCAAUGGGGGCCCUUUCCGAGAAGACAAAGUGGAAGACGUCAAAGCUUUGGCCAAAAUCAUCCCCGUCUUUUUGGCUCUCAUACCAUACUGGACAGUCUACUUCCAGAUGCAGACCACUUACGUCCUCCAGAGCCUCCACCUGAGAAUUCCACAGUUUUCUAACAGCACCUCAAACGGCACCACAAACGCCCACACGUUUCCCGCAGCUUGGCUGACCAUGUUUGAUGCUGUCCUCAUCCUUAUCCUCAUCCCCUUGAAAGACAAAGUGGUGGACCCCAUGUUGAAGAGGAAGGGGCUCCUUCCUUCCUCGCUGAAGAGAAUCGCCUUUGGGAUGUUCUUCGUCAUGUGUUCUGCGUUCGCUGCAGGAAUAUUGGAAAGCGACCGGCUGAGGAGGGUGAAGACCAAGACGAUCGAUCAGAAGAUUGGGACGGCCGUCUACCACGCGGCCGACAUGUCCGUCUGGUGGCAGGUCCCUCAGUAUAUUCUGAUCGGAAUCAGCGAGAUCCUAGCCAGCAUUGCAGGUGGGUUCGCCGCGUCGCGAGGGAGACAGGAAAACAGGCCCCGUUUAAGCCUCUUCGUUUGGUCUUAUCGUUCCUUAGCCUAG